AUGGUAUGGGCGUUGAGAUCUGCUGCGGCGGCAGUGCUGCUGUUGCUGCAGCUGCAGCUGCUGCUCUCUGAAGGAGGCUAUGCAUAUGCUGCUGCAGCAGAGGCGCCUGCAGCUGUAUUAGUAGAGGAUGAUGUCGCAACUGAAGAAGUUGAGGAACGACCAGAAGAAACACCAGCAGCACCAGCAGCACCAGCAGCACCAGCAGCACCAGCAGCAAGACCAGCAGCAGAUGCAUCAGAUGAAGAUGAGGACGAAGACUUCCCCUUUAAUGUACCAGACGAUAUAAUGGACAACUUACCGCACCUACAACACCAAACAGUGGGCCCCACCUUCUUGCCUACUCGAGCAACACUGACUAAGAUAAAUAGAGAGAUGUCGCCUCUUCUAAAGAUAUGUAUCUUCUUCGGCGUUUUUAUGCUCAUUGCUUAUGUGCUGACGCACGGCUUCCCUGCAGCUUCAGAAGACUAUGAAUUAGAUCUUGUAGAAACGCAGCCGCAGCAGCAAGGCUCUGGAGUUGAUGCCUCAUAA